AUUGACUUGUGCUCGCCCUGUGUCACGUGACAUAACCAAUGUAUAUAUAUACAUGUAUAUCAAUAUAUGUACGAACUCUAACGGAAAAAAAAUACACUUGCAAAGGUCAUGGCGUCUGAGAAAGCGAGACAUUUCGCUGAGAAAGGAAACCAGAAAGAUGUGGCUGCGUACACUCAGAACUAUGGGGCCCACAGAGAGGGGAUCUCAAUGAAAGAGGUGGCGGAUUACUACACAGAGUGGGCCAAUUCCAACCGAUACGAAGUGGAUCUGGGACCAGAGAGGUACCGUGGACCAAAGAUUGCGACCGACUGUCUCUGUGAGCUGUUUCCGGACAAUCGGGAGGGGGUCAAGAUUUUGGACAUUGCUGCAGGGACUGGGUUUCUUGGACAGGAGCUAUGGAAGAAAGGUUACCGCUCGAUCGACGGGUUAGAUCCUGCAGAAGGAAUGAUAGAGGCAGCCAGGAAAAAGAAUGUCUAUACUAACCUCAUAUGUGAUUUCAUGAGUGAGAAAAAGUUGGACAUUGACGAAGACACAUACGAUGCUGCUGCUAUUGCUGGAGGUAUGGGGGAGGGACACAUUCCAUGCGGUGCCUUGUACGAGAUGAUCCGGAUAGUUAAACCCGGCGGGUAUAUCGUCAUUGUUAUGAGAGAAGAGUAUCUAGAACACGUCAGCGAUUAUAAAGACAAGUUGGAGCCAUUAAUGAAAGAACUAGAACUUUCCGGCCAUUGGAUAAAGCUAGAAAGAAGGAUAGUUCCAAAAUAUUCUUUUGAAAACAACGGCGUUGUAUUCAUUUUCAAGAAAUGUUAAUGUACAGUUGUAACGGAGAGCUUGAUUCUGUCUAAAUAUAAGUAUGAUUUGUGCAUGUUCACUUGAUAUUCAUUCUGUGAAGCAUAUUGCCAUGUUUUUGUAAAAGAAUACUCAGAGUCUUAUCAUUAUAACUGCGAAUCAAUAUCAUAUUGAAUUACCUAUCAUUUACCUGUAUUGUCAACGGUACUGCAAAAAAGAAAAAUUGUGAUCUC